ACAACUGAUGAGCUUGUGAACCUCUGCUUCCUAUUAAUAGAAAAGAAAGCUACACUUGCUUUGUCGAUUCUUGCAGUUGUUUAUAAAGCCUCGGGCGAUGCUGUUAAAGAUCGCUGGUCCUGCAUGCCUCACUUACACAAGGAGUUAUGGAGCUGAUUCUGUGUUGGAUGAUGAUAGCCCUGCAAUUAAAUGGUAUACACACUGAAGGAAUUCACAUAAAGACUUUUGGAACAGGAACAAAUGUGUCUCUCCUGUGCUCAAACAGAACAUUUAAUACACUAAUCAUGGAGAACUGGAACAUAAAGAGGAGAGGGGGAGAUGGCUGUUCGGUUGGUUUUUUAUCUGAAAAAAAUGGAACACACAGCACCUGUGAUUCCAGGAUAACAAUACAACAAAAGUCAGAUCAUGUGAUUCUCCACAUAUCCCCAUUCAAGCCAUCUGAUGAAGGCAAUUACACUUGUCAAACUCACUUCAGUGAAGGAGAAGAGAUUAUACAUUUUCAUGUGACAGCUGAGUCUAAUGUGAAUGCCUCUGAGGUUCAGCACCGCCAGCCUCCACCAACUGGGAUUGUAAUAUGGAUGGUGUGCAGUUUUGGAGCCCUCCUCACUUUGAUUGUGCUUUCGUCUGUCAUCAUCUGGGGAAAACUACAGAGUAAAAGGAGGAAGAAGCUGGGUGAACGUGAGAGAUUCAAGUUUCACACAGAAGAGAUCCAGGAUAUGGAACCAUACAUCACUUAUACUGAAAAGACUAACGUGAUCUAUAAUUUCUAAUGACAUCCAACCACGAAAAGGAAAUUUUGCAGAAAUGAGCAGACCACAUGGCGAAUUAGCAGAAAGUAUAUGGUUGUGAUUUACCCACAGAAACCUUCAUAAAACUUAAUCUUCACAAUCUGUGACAACAUUUGACUACCAUAUGAUGUCCAGGUAUACUACUGCAAGUCUGACAUGAAUGCACACUGUAACUAUGGGUCUGUUUUCUGUAAUACAAUACCACAAUGUAAUUGUAUCUUUUAAAGAGUUAAUAAAAGUUAUUCAGAAACUCCACAAUCAGAGGUUGGAGAAUGAUGAG